UAGACACACACACACACACUCACACACACCACACACACACACAGCGACGUUCCCGAUCCCAAUCCUCAGCAGCUUGAGGACAAGAGGAGAAGAGAAGAGCUCGACCGGCUGGACCAGAUCUCACCUCCUCCUCAGCUUGCUGUCCAGAAUGUCGGGGAUGAAGGAGCAGCAGUUCACGGAAGAGAAGCCCCUGCUGCCGGAGCAGCGCGGCGUGGACUCAGACAUGGAUAAAGGAGAGGAGGCCUCGGGGGGGUCACCGCGCCCCGCGCCCAGUAGCCAGGCCCCUCCCCCCAGCCGCCCCGCUGACCGUUGGCAUGUCAUCGCGCGGCACUGGCUCCGCCAGACGCGCCGGGCCAGCGGGGUCCUCCCGCACUUGAACACUGAGCAGCCUCACUCGUCUGCUGACCUCCAGCUACAGCGAUGACUCAUCCUCCUGACCACAUGGUCACGAGCCACUCAACACAUCAUCCUCUGAACAGCUUUACACUUCAUUUAUUAGCAGCCUUUUGACCUCGCAGACAGUUUCCUAGAAAUAGUUUUCCCUACCUGGGCUAGACUAAAGGCCCCCGGCCUCAGACUUUAGUCCUGACCAGGAGAAAGACCCUUCAGGGAAUCCACGCCAGGUCAUUUCCCCCAAAGAGAUACGAGCCACGCCCUUCGCCUCCCGUUCCCAGUGCUGCCCCCGUCUCACUGGGCCAAAGGCCGGUGGGGGGGUUGGGGGGUGAUGAGAAAGAGAAGAGUGCCCCCUGCUGGCCGACCACCGGAGCGUCGCCACUAACAUCUUCCCCCUGAAGACGACGAGUCAUUUGCAUGAAGUCCACGGCGACCUAGCUGCUCAUUAAAUGGCGUUCGAUGAUGUCACGCGUAACUUAAAGGGCAGCUCCCGGUCCUGUGGCUGUCUUGUUUCUUCCUUCCUUUCCUUCAGGCGUGUCCCUGAUGUAACUGUGUCGACGCCUCUCCUUAACACCUUCACAUGUCCCCCUCCCCCGACACACAUUCAUCCUCAACUCUUCCCUUUCACUUCCUCCGUGUGCCAUCUUUAAUCCUGACAUGUUUCUCCUCCUCCUGAAAUAAUGGCAUGAAUAUCACCGUGUGCAUGGCUAACAAUGAGGCGGCGGGACUCAUGUGCAUGUCCUUCGUCUUCUCGGGUCCAGAUGUCCAGAUGCUCCUGUGCUGCUCCGGUGACGGAGGCCCAGAGCAGCAACUGAUGUGUUGCGAAAUGACACAAAGGAGAAAAACACGUGAGAUGGUCAGAGUGUUGCUCUGAGGCGUGUUGUCAUUUCCCAACACAGCCGUGUGCAUGUGACAGUGAGUCACGGCCAGGUUCCUCACACAGUGUCCUCGACGUGACUUUUACAUACAACAACAUUGGGAAUCAAAGAGAUACUUAUUUUAGUUUGGGGA